UUCAGUAGAUGUGCUGCUGUCUCAGCCAGAGGGACAUUGUUUACACAGACACUGCCUCCCCUGUAUCUAGUUGCAGGGCUCCAAGCCCUCACGGAGCUCUCAGGGCCAGCUGAUCCAGGGGUUUGGUUCCCAGACAGGGCUGGGUGACCAGAUAGUUUUUCAACCCAAGGAGGGUGAUGUCACUGGGGGCCCGACUGCUUGGCCUCUGAGGGCAGGGCCCAUGGACCUAAAGGAUGUCUCAAAUGGCACCCUGUUCCCUAUAUAGUGAACUACUUUUGACCAGAGCCCUACACAUGUUGGACACAGUAAAGCCCUUUCAUGUUUACACACACACGCCGUGUGCACACAGACACACACACAACACUUUUCAGAGUCUCAUAAUAAGAAUAGAUGUUAUGUUAUUGCAAGUUCAUUAACUAAGACUAUAUAGCUCAGUUGGGGAUGUUUUGGUCAGCCCAACCACCUGCAGUAGUUUGUCACGUCUGAAAGCUUGUGUGUCAGUCAAAGAGGUGCUUGUGGUGGUGGUGAAAUCUGUUCUUUUUCCAUCAGUAUUCUCUUUCCUUCCCACAACCAGUGGCAGCCGUGAUGAGAGAUCUCUUGUUCUGUGAAACGGCAUCAAUAUUUACACGCCUCAGUGUCUGGGGCCUCUAACAGAGCUGUUGGACACUGGAAUACGAUAGGACAGACUUGCUGCUGAGAGCUUCACAGAGAGGCAGGAGAAGAAGCAGGAGGGAAGGUUUGAGAUGGAUUUGAGUUACAUUAGACUGAGCCCCGGCAUGAUUUAUUUUCUGAUUUAGUCUAGUGUAGCCUAUCAGACUCAUGGUUGUGACAAUAAAAUAUGAUCUUUUGUUAUAUAUCUUUGCUUGAUAUUAGCCUACAGUAAAGAGGUGAAUGACAUGCAGUCUGAUAGGACAGCACUGAGGGCCUUUAUGUGUAACCACAGGUCAGUGGCUCUGCUCAGCUGCUACACAGUAGACAAAACUUACACCAGGAAGGAUUUUGGAGAUAUAGAUGGAUCCUUUGAAAGACAUACUGUGCACUAUGUACAGUUUUUUAACCCCCAGAAUCCUUCUCCCUCCCCAGUCCUUAUAGUAGGACUGUUCAACAUUUCAAUUCCUCUGAUGUUGCUAAAAAAUGCCUCAGGAAUCAACAGUCUCCUGAGACCAAGUCAUUCGUGAUUAAAGGGACUUUUGAGGACAUCACAUGUGCUGUGGUGCUCUUGGCUCGCAGCUUUCAUUCACUCUGCUGCAAACGAACAGAACUCACACUUAUUGGAUCUUUCUGGAGUCAUCAAACUAAAAAUAGCCUAAUAUUCCAGUGAAUUUAGAAGAACACGUUGUUGUGGCGCAUCAGAAUUAGCUUGGUGAGUUCCUGAGCGUCACGGGCGUGUAACCGCACACAUUGAAUUCUUUGAGCACAGUUGGGCCGCCCAGCACCACGGGGGGACGCGCUGCAUGUAUAAUGAGCUCGAAUAAGCCUCGGUAGCGGGAGACUCACACCCGCAUCUAUUAGUAAUGAAGACUUAACUAGUAGGCCUAAUACAGCGGCGGUAAAAACAUGAUUGCACGCUUUCUUGCUCACUCGUGCACAUCUUUCCUCCCACGAAGCUGCUUCUAUAUGCUUAUUUUUUGUGUGCCGCGUUUCAAAUUGGAAUCCUUUACUGCAUUUAUGAAGGGGCUGUAUCGUUUUCUAUUUGACAUCGUGGCAGACACGUAUUUUGUUAUUUUCUGUAAAUAAUCUAUUUAGAAAAUAAUUAUGGUUGGAACAUAAGACUGUCUGACUGGGUGGUAUUAUUUGCAGCCUGGACAAAUCACAUACAUUAUUAGCAUCGCGUAACCUUCACGCGGGCUACAUUGAGCAGAGCUAGCUGCCUGCCUGUUGUCCGACUAGGUACUGUCCGCGGUGCUGAACGGUGUUGAAGGUCGGCGCCUCAGUCUGUCUCCUCCUGAUUUUACUGCACGCUGCCCCGUAACAUUUCCACCAAAUUAGGAUUACAUACGUUGUUUUUCCUGCACGGACACGAUGCUUCCCGUCAUUACCAUGGGUUAUGUGGGUAUGCAACUUGUGCCGAAAACAACAAGAAAUCCUAACCAAGUCGGGAGCGUGGUUCUACAGCGGCGCCGCAGGGCCACGGGGCGGGUCUGAGGGCCACAGGGGUCGACGUCACGAGGAGGCCCCCCAGGAGAAGAAGGCCAAACUGCAGCAGGAUCUCCUCUACCAGGGGCCCCCAGGGGACAUAUCAGCAGAUAGAAGCAGACCUCCCGGGCUCCCCAGACAAGGCUCCCUCAACAACGGCUCAGGGCUGAGGCACUCAGGUCCAGGACAGGACAUAGACAGGAAACGAAGCCCAUCAGCAUCCAGGGACACAAACCAAAAAUACGACCAAAGGGAGGAGCGGGGUCAGUAUGCCCCGGGGGACGGCACCAUGCCCAGAUCACCGUCCGACUACGGGGAUGGGGACCCUCGGCGUGGGGCCCCACGGAGGUACCGAGACGCUGAGGCGGCGCGGGGGGAGUACCGUGGUGGGCGUGGCCGCUGGCGCUCCCAGGAGGACUACCCUCUGGACCAGGACGGGCCCUACCCUCUAGACGGGCAGCCCAGUGAGUACGAGCUGCAGCGCCAGCGCCAGGAGGAGUACCAGACACGCUACCGCUCCGACCCCAACCUGGCCCGUUACCCCGUCAAGCCCCAGCCCUACGAGGAGCAAAUGAGGAUGCAUGCUGAGGUGGGCCGGGCCAGGCACGAGAGGCGCCACAGUGAUGUGUCUCUAGCCUACACGGAGCAGGACGAGCCCCAGGGACCUAUCCGCCUGUCCAGACAGCAGCUGACCGAGCGCCGGCCGCCCAUGGUGGGCCAACGCUCCUACUCCAUGGACAGAAACUCCCCCACCCCUGGAGGCCACCACCGGACCUCCAACCACAGCCCCCCCACCCCACACCGCAGCCCCGUGCUGGGGGACAGGUCAGGGGACAUGAGGCGGGGGCCAGGGGAGCCAAUAGGGUUCAGGGGUCAUGAUUAUCUGGACCCCAGCUCUGCUGUCAGGAAGACCAAGAGGGAGAAGAUGGACACCAUGUUGAGGAACGACUCUCUGAGCUCUGACCAGUCCGAGUCCAUCAGGCCGCCGCCACCAAAGCCCCACAAAACCAAAAAGGGGGGUAAGAUGCGGCAGGUGUCCCUGAGCAGCUCGGAGGAGGAACUGGCCACCACGCCGGAGUACACCAGCUGUGAGGACGUGGAGAUAGAGAGUGAGUCUGUCAGUGAGAAAGGGGACAGUCAAAGGGGGAAAAGAAAAACUAUUGAGCAGGCAUUUUUGUCCGACUCAACACACAACACCUUAUCUGAGAGGCAAAAGAAAAUGGUGCGCUUUGGGGGCCACUCAUUGGAAGAGGACGCAGAAUGGUGCGAACCCCAGGUUAAAGACUCUGGCGUUGACACAUGCAGUAGCACUACCCUAAACGAGGACAAUCAGCAUAGCCAUAGUGAGAAGCAUCCAGUGACAUGGCAGCCCUCCAAAGAUGGGGAGCGCCUAAUAGGGCGGAUUCUGCUCAACAAGCGGAUGAAGGAUGGAAGUGUACCUCGAGACUCAGGAGCACUGCUGGGACUGAAGGUGGUGGGUGGAAAGAUGACAGAAUCUGGUAGACUUUGUGCUUUCAUCACUAAAGUGAGGAAAGGAAGUCUAGCGGACACUGUUGGACACCUCAGACCAGGCGACCAGGUGCUGGAGUGGAACGGGAGGUUUUUACAAGGAGCCACAUUCAAAGAAGUUUACAAUAUCAUUCUAGAAUCAAAGCCAGAACCCCAGGUGGAACUGGUGGUCUCAAGGCCCAUAGGAGAUAUUCCUCGGAUACCAGACAGCACACAUGCACAACUGGAAUCAAGUUCGAGUUCCUUUGAGUCUCAGAAGAUGGAUCGCCCCUCUAUCUCUGUCACGUCUCCCAUGAGCCCCGGGAUGCUGCGGGACGCCCCCCAGUACCUGUCAGGACAGCUCUCAAGCCAAAGCCUUAGUAGAAGAACAGCGCCUUUUGUCCCUAGGGUCCAGGUCAAACUGUGGUAUGACAAAGUGGGCCAUCAGCUAAUAGUGACCAUCCUGGGAGCCAAGGACCUGCCUUCUAGGGAAGAUGGCCGCCCCAGGAACCCUUACGUCAAAAUCUACUUCCUCCCUGACAGAAGUUUGAAUUAUUGUUCCUCCAGCGACAAAAGCAAGAGGAGAACAAAAACGGUAAAGAAAUCCUUAGAGCCCAAAUGGAACCAGACCUUUAUGUAUUCUCCUGUGCACCGGCGGGAGUUCCGUGAGCGCAUGUUGGAGAUCACCCUGUGGGACCAGGCCAGGGUCAGGGAGGAGGAAAGCGAGUUCCUGGGAGAGAUACUGAUAGAGCUGGAGACAGCCCUGCUGGAUGAUGAGCCUCACUGGUACAAGCUGCAGACCCACGACGUGUCCUCCAUGCCCCUCCCCCGCGCCUCGCCCAACCCCCAGCGCAGACAGCUCCACGGAGAGAGCCCCACGAGGAGGUUACCCAUACAGAGAUCUCAGAGAAUCAGCGACAGUGAGAUCUCUGACUAUGACUGUGAAGAUGGUGUUGGGGUAGUGUCAGACUACCGGCAGAACGGCAGGGACCUUCAUAGUUCCACGUUGUCUGUCCCAGAGCAGGCGAUGUCAUCCAACCACUGCUCGCGGUCGGCAGACAUGAACCGUGCGCGGUCUCGGUCCCCCAGCGUUCCCCCUCCACAGAGCAGAAGUCUGGACCCCGGCUAUGACAUUGACCCCGCCUCGUCUCAGUACAGCUCCUCCAAUAGAGUGGACCGAUGCAGUGUGUCCGAUGACCACCACUCACCUGACAGCCAUUUUCUCACCCUACCUCGAUCCAGACGCUGUCAACCUAGUGAUGAUCAUCAGAAGGAACCCAGCCGCAACCACCGCAUAUCCAACAUCAGUCGAGAAGAGGCUGUCAGGUUACUGCGCUCCACUAGGAUGUCCCGAGCCCACUCAGAGGGCGCGUACUCCUCCUCUGCUUCCGUCGACUAUGACUACAAGAGGAACCACGGAGCCGUUGAUAGACAUGUGUAUCACAGCAGGUCCAGGUCAGCUGACCAGCGUCCCGCGCUAGAGCGCACCACCACCUCCCGCUCGCGGUCCACGGAGCGCCCCGACUCCGCCCUCAUGAGGUCCAUGCCGUCUUUACCCUCCGGACGCUCCGCCCCUCCCUCACCUGCCUUAACGAGGGCGAACCCCCGCAGCGGAUCGGCCCAAACCAGCCCUACCAGUACCCCCAUGUCCGACAGGAGAGGAGGUCGGCAACUACCACAGCUUCCACCCACAGGGACCAAGGGCAGAAAAGACACGGACUCACCAGGUUGGACCAGCUCAGGUGCUAUAGAUGUGGAGGAGAGGACCAGACAGAUGAAGCUGAAGGUGAACAAGUUCAAGCAGGGGGCCGGGUCCGACUCCAGACUGGAACAGGACUACAACAAGAGGAGGGAUGGUCAUCGAGGUUCAGACAACAUGUCAGCCAAGUCUUCGGACAGUGAUGUAAGCGACGUGUCCGCUGUGUCGAGAACCAGUAGUGCCUCUCGGUUCAGCAGCACGAGCUACAUGUCUGUCCAGUCAGAACGGCCGCGAGGAAAGCAGAAGAUCAGUGACUUUACAUCCAAAAUGAAAAACAGGCAGUUGGGCACGUCGUCAGGGAGUAUGAACAUGACCAAGAGCACAAGCAUCGGUGGAGACAUGUGCAACCUGGAGAAGACGGACGGCAGCCAAUCGGACACGGGCGUGGGCAUGGUAGGCGGGGACGAGGAUAAGAAGAGACGCUCCAGUAUUGGUGCCAAAAUGGCAGCAGUGGUUGGCCUCUCGCGGAAAAGCAGGAGUACUUCUCAGCUCAGCCAAACAGAAGCCGGUGGGAAGAAGCUUCGCAGCACCGUGCAGAGGAGCACAGAGACGGGCUUGGCCGUAGAGAUGAGGAGCCGGAUGACUCGGCAGGCCAGCAGAGAGUCCACCGACGGUAGCAUGAACAGCUACAGCUCCGAGGGAAACCUGAUCUUCCCUGGUGUUAGGCUGUCCUCCGACGCCCAGUUCUCUGACUUCCUGGAUGGACUAGGCCCAGCCCAGCUGGUUGGACGACAGACGCUAGCUACACCACCCAUGGGUGACAUCCAGAUUGGAAUCGUGGACAAGAAAGGAGCGCUGGAGGUGGAAGUGAUCCGAGCCCGUGGCCUUGUGGGAAAACCAGGUUCCAAGGCACUGCCAGCACCAUAUGUAAAAGUGUAUCUUUUGGAAAACGGAGCCUGCAUAGCCAAAAAGAAAACAAAAGUAGCAAGAAAAACCUUGGAUCCCCUUUACCAGCAGCAACUGCCGUUCGAAGAGGCUCCUGGAGGGAAAGUUCUACAGAUCAUCGUAUGGGGAGACUACGGACGCAUGGACCAUAAAUCCUUUAUGGGAGCAGUUCAGAUACUUUUAGAUGAGCUGGACCUGUCUAACAUGGUGAUUGGCUGGUUCAAGCUCUUUCCUCCUUCCUCAUUGGUGGACCCUACCCUGGCCCCCUUGACAAGAAGAGCUUCCCAAACGUCAUUGGAUAGCCGGUCAUAGCAGUGUGUGGACUGAUAGCAUUGUUGUAGCAGCAGCACCCAGUGUUGAGGUUAAACAAGCUGCGACAGACCGGUCACGCCCCCCGGUUACACUGCAUGCUUGAUGUUGUGUCUUCUGAGCCUGUUUCUAGGGGUGCAAACGUGAUCCUGUGUUUUGAGCAAAAUGUCGCACACAUUGUGCGUAGCGAGCGUCGCUCCCUCGGCCGGGUCGGAGCGCCAGCUCAGAUUGGAAGGCCGUAACGUACUCCUUAGCACGAGGAAUUGUCUCUAAAUCGAGCGAUUCCAGGUUUUCAUCCAAUCUUAAGCCAUGGGGGUCGAAACUGGGAACCCGCUCGAUGAGUUCUACAGAAGCCCUUUUCGAAUGAAAAAUACAUGUUUUUGUUUUUAAUUAAUUGUUUUGUUUUUUGUUUGUUUUAUUGUCGAUGUACUUGUAUACCUGAAGGGGUGACCGACAGUGUUGUCCUGUCCAGAAGCUUGGUCACGCCACGCCAACAGACCUAGCUAGAUGUGUAAAUGGAACUAUGAGGAUCAUUGCAAUAGGAGAGGUGGGGUGUCCCAACUAAAGCUCAAACUCUGAAUAUGAGGCCCUAGUGAAAAUACCUAUAGGUAGUAGAUCACACCAGAGAGACAAUACUAAAGUUACUAAAGGCAAUACAGAAGUGGCUACUGUACUAUCGACACUCCAGAAUCUAUUGAUCAGAACCCACAACAAGACUAACUUUUAUGACCCAACAUUAUUAUUUAUCUGUUGAUAUAUUGUAUGAAGAUUAAAGGAAGAUUUAAAAAUAAAAAAAAUAUUUUUUGCAUGGACAAAAAUGUAGCUAAAAAAAAAGGGAAAUGAUUUUCUUGAGGCUGCGACUUGCAAAAAAAGAUUAAGAAAAACUAAUAAAACAGAUCAGCCAUUUUCAACAAUUUAUAUUAUUUUUGAAUAUAAAUUUCACUAGUGCAUGUGGUUUUCAAAGGGGAGUGAAUGCAACAGCGUGAUAAAAAAAGACACAUUGUUUAUCAUUCUUUAGACCAUCCAUAACAUAAGUCUGUGUUUGGCAGACAUACAUACAGUAAGAGAAACUAAAAUAAAAAGUUUUGGAGUUAUUUAUCCAAAAAAAACUGUUUAUGUGACAAAGUGAUGAUGAAAAUAAAUGUAAAUUAUUUAUUUCAUUGUAAAGGUUUACAAGCCUUAUAAAGAUAAACAUUAUGUGCAAAUUGUACACGUCUCUUUUUCUCCCUUGUCCCAGGGCAUCCCCCUGAUAUUGUCCAGAGUUUCAGGACUGUUGGUUCUUUUACAGUUCUGUAUCGUUUCAAUAUGUCUUUUUUGGGGGAUUUGAUUUGUUUACCAAGCAUGUUGAAAAGGAUUUUCUGCAACAUGGCUUGGGCACACCUUAAAAUAACUCAGCAUGUUUUGUUAAAGAGGAUAUUUGGGAUUUUUGCAGUUUCUUGUACAGUGCAUGUCAACUUUGUUACUUUAUCCCCCUCACCUUCAAUUGAAUUCUACAGAAAAUGAAUUAGUUACUUUCAUGGCCAAACUAUUAAAACGUUAUAACAAAACAUUCCACCAACCCCUAGAUCAUAUUUUAUUUCCACUUUUUCAAAAAGAAUGACAAGGAAAAAUAUUUUAUAUUCAUUGGAGAUUGACAAAAAAGUUGUGGUUGCAAGUGUAUUUUAUUUCAGUAUUGUUAACUAACAUGCAAAAAUAAUCUGUAUUGGUACAGCAAGAAGGAUAUUUAUAUCCAAGCAAGAAGCAGCAAACAUACAACUUAUGUACUGUAUAAUGCUGUGUAGUUCAGACACUGUUUGUGAGGAUGAGCAGAACACAAGGUCAAACAACAUGGGAUGUUGCCACACUAUAUGAAUUUAGUUUUUUUGUUUUUGUGAAAAUAAAAUUAAUUUAAUAUAUUUUUAUUUGAUUAUUCUUAAGCCAAGACCAGUUUAUUUUUUAUUUUUAGUAAUUAUAAAUGCUUCUUGUGUAUGGGAGGUAUAUGAAUCUUACAGUUCUGUCUGAAUGAAAAUAAACGGAGACAUUAUUCCUUUUCCAUGUUAAACCUAUACAUUCUAAUGUCCAUCCAAUAUCUUGAUGCUAUAACAAGCUAUAUACUUUCAGUUUUGAUUUACAUUGUACAUAUUAGACAUUUGAAUAAAACAAGCUAACUCAAAUAGAUGAAUAGAAUAUUUUGGAAUAGGAAUAUUGUCUCACAUGAUGACAAAGACAUAUGUUAUUGACCCUUUUGAAUGCCUUUUCUUUCUUUUGUUUUGGUGCAAUGUGUUUAUGCCAAGGCUAUGUCUUGGUGAAGUAUGGUUGAGUACAGAGAUUUAUGUAAGUUAUUUUUCAAAUAAAAAAUGGAUAUUACACUGA